AUCGUCCUGAUCAUCAUCAUCUACUCUUCCACUCACUCUGAGCUCCCCAACAGUCAACCCCACCCCAAACCGACUCAUUUGAUCGUCAUCUGAUUCCUCUCUUGGUCUCUCUCCGAUGAGCACCUCCGAAGAGUCCACCAAGCCCAUCUCCCUCUACGACUCCUCGUCCACUCCCCUCCUCUCCAAACCCGACCCUCCCCCCGACCAACCCGACUCCUCCGCCUCCGACCCGACCCAGUACCUCCAGAUCUCCUUCAACCACGACCCCCGCCCCUUCAAAGACCUCGCCUUCCUCCUCCUCUUCCUCCUCUUCCUCCUCUCCACCUUCGCCGCCGGCAUCUUCUCCGUCGUCCACCGCAACUCCUCCUACUCCUCCCUCUCCUCCUUCCACUACGACUCCGCCUCCGCCUCCUGCGUCGCCACCACCGGCUUCGCCUCCCUCGCUUCCUCCUCCUCUUCCUCUUUUCUCAAGGACUUAACCUGGACGCUGGUCAUCACUCUCAUCCUGACCUUACCGAUUUGCUUCAGCCUCCUAUGGCUUCUCAAGAGCUACGCCAAGCAAGUCGUCUACGCCUCUCUCCCCUUCUUCAUCAUCCUCCCGAUCUUCUUCGACGUCUACUGGUUCGUCGCCUGCACCCUCAGCUCCAGCUGCGGCGACUCUUUCCCUCUCGUGUACCGAAUCCUCGUCCUGGUGUUUGUUCUGUUAGUCAUCGGGGUGGUGGUGUGGAUUUUCGUGGCGAAUCGGCACCGAAUUGAGCUCACCAUAUGCAUAAUCGGGGUGGCCUCCGACGCUCUGUCCAAGAAUCUGGCCCUGUUUGGGGUGCUGCCGGUGUUGAACUUGGUGCUGCUGGUGUAUUAUGCGCCCAUUGUGGUGUUCUUGGUGUUUGCGAGGCGGAAUGGGGAGAUUGCGGCCGAGGAGGACGAUGAUGGGGUGUACGGCUGUGCGUGGAAGCAGGAUGCGUGGGUGCCGGCGUAUUAUGCGUUGGCGAUUCUGACAAUGCUGUGGUCUUUGACGGUGAUGGUGGAGGCGCAGGUGUAUGUGAUUAGUGGGACUGUUGCUCAGUGGUACUUUACCAAGGAGGAAGAGUCGAGGCCGAGGCGGAUGAUCAGGAGUUCUUUGAGAAAUGCUUUUGGCCCAUCCUUUGGCACUGUAUGUGUAUCUGGCUUACUUCUAGCUGUUGUUCGAAUGGUGCGUACAAUUGUUGAUGGAGCAAGAAAAGAGGGUCCAUCCGGGAUGGUGAAUAUUAUCUUGCGUUGCUGUGUUAAUGUCUUGCUGUCAGCAAUUGAUUUUCUCAACAAGUUCACGAUCAUCUUUGCUGCAAUUACUGGCGAAUCUUACUGUUCAUCUGCAAGGAUGACAUAUGAGCUUCUAAAACGUAAUCUUCUCUCUGCUGUUUUUGUGGAAACCAUCUCCACUCGACUUUUGGCUGGAAUUAUUUUCGUACUCUCGGCAUUAUAUGCAGUUGUGGCGUGCGUUAUCUUAAAGGCUGUGAGUGACCUUGGAGUUGAUGCAUACUUUGUGGCUGCAUUGGCCUGGGUGCUGCUGAUCUUGGUACUGGGCUUCUUUGUCCAUGUGUUAGAUAAUGUGAUUGACACUGUGUAUGUGUGCUACGCGAUAGAUAGAGACAGAGGAGAAGUUUGUAAACAGGAUGUUCAUGAAGUUUACGUUAAUUUACCGAUCAGUAGAAAUCAUAGACCUUCCUCUAUGAUCACUAGAACUCUUGGUGUAUAGAAAAUCCUUUGAGUUGCAGUCAUGUGUUGUUGUUGGUCUGUCAUUUGUUUUGUAUCAAGUAUUCAGUUAGAAGUGCCUGCCGGCAAUUUGUGCA